GACCAUCGCUCCUCCUUCCACAUCCUUGUCUCGUCGUCGUCGUCGUCGUCGCCGUUGCCCUCCUCGCUGCCGCCAACGACGACGGUCACCCCUCCUCCCCGCCUUACCUCUGACUAUGGUGAAGCUCAUUCUUGUCUCUCCAAAAGGCAACCAAGGCGUUCGUUACUUUCCUUACCAUGGUUAUCUUGGGUUGACUCCCUUGAAAUUUGAAGGAUUGGUUCGCACACAGUUAGAGCAAGAUGGGAAGUGUCUGCCUGCAAAGGAAAUCACUGUUUCAGUUCGAUGUUAUGAGUCCCGCCAAGGUCGUCUCGGAGCCCUACACACAACUGUACUUGCGGAUUAUACAGUUUCACUGUGGAAAAAACCAGAUCAUCAAGACUACGCCGAUAUUGGCGACUCGGAACACCAGUUUAGACUAUCUGUUCCCGUCGAUGUCCCGUCUCCUAGUACUGCAAAUUACUUCCAGGAAUACCGCGUCUUUUGGCGGAUCGAAGCCAUCAUUUAUCAUGCACCGCUCACUGGCGUCGGCUCUCGUCAAGCUAGGUAUUAUGAUAUACCAUUAACUCGUUACGACGUCCCAUCGCCGGCCUGUCCUCCAUCCCCAAUCACACCUUUGUCUCCAUUCCAACUGAGUUCGUUGUCCAACAAAUCACGGGCGCCCGUCAUACGUUACCGUGUCUCUGUUCCAAGUACUCCAGUUGGUCCUCUCGAUAUUGUAUCCAUUGGCGUCCACAUACAGCCCCUUGACUCCACUGUACAUAUUCGUAGCGCCACCGCCAUAGUUGAACGUCGAAUUCAGCUUAAUGAUGCACAAUUGGCUUCUCCAGGCCCUUCAACUCCACCGAUACCUAUACCCUCAUCUUCCUCAGGUCAAGCAUCAUCAUGUUUUCAAUCUCGCUCUGCACCAUCGUCAUCAUCAGAAUCAGUAUCACCAUAUCAUACCAGCAUGCCACCACGCAAAGAUUCCCAUCUAGCCAUGUAUGCAGAUGAACCCAUUUUCACCAGAUCAUCAUCCAAUUACCUCAAUUAUCCUGCAUCGGCUUCGAGCUUUUUUUCGGAAAACGACACACGCCCUCUUCUUCCCGCUGCCCCGGCUACUUUCCCACAUCCUCAGAGCGGUGCUGGCGAUAGGGUAUCCACCACCACGCAUAUAUUCGCCGAUGUAGAGUCCCCGGGGCGUUUCACUCGAGAUGCCAAUGGUGUGUGGAAGCAAACACUUAGUUUUUCCUGGCCCGAAUCCAAGACCGUUAGUCGUUGGGCGGUGGGUGAGACGUUCAAAACCGACACAGCAUCAGUGAGAUUCUUUGUCCGUGUCAAGACUGUCGUCUCUUCAGCAACCAAUAAUGCAGAGUCUAUUGAGCUGGACGAACAAGAAAUCAUUGUAGUAUCAACGAACGCGGCUCAGCGCCAACUGGCGCUUGCCAAAUACAACGAGCUCUUGCUAGCAUCCAGCACUGCACGCUCUAAAUCCAAGUCUCCCCGGAGAUCAAAACGCCCACCUGAUCAACUACCAUCGCCCCCUCGUAGUCCCAAGAUGGGUACUGCAAUAGACGCGCCGCAUACGGCCCCAGUCACCGGCGGUUCCAGCCAUCAGACCGAACCAUCAGAAGGCCAUGGUUAUAAACUGUCCUCUGCCUCAUCACCUUAUCCGAACUCAAAGCCCAAGGGAAGAAAUAUGAGACGCCCUCAUACAUCCGCCGGUCCCCGAGAUAAACCAACGGGGUUCCAUAUGCGCGCAUAUGAACCUCUACAAGGCGAGAAUCAGUUGGUCGUGCCCAUGAGGCCUGAAACAGCUCUCCCUUCCAGUACAAACGCCAACCGGUCGUUCUCCAGAGGCGCAUUCGGUCAGAAGUGGCUUGUAGCACCUCGGAUGGAAAGCUCCAGUACAAGUGCGAGCUCCAGCGUGGAAACGGGCUUCAGUGUCAUGGAAAGCGCCGAGCAUAACGAAGAUAGCCUUUUAUUCGGAAGGGUGAAUCAAUUAGAAGUACGGGCAUGGGAGGAGGAGCUGGCGCGAAUAGAAUCUGUGAGCCGUCGGACGAGUGCGGACAUGAUGGGUUUAGCAUACAAGCGGAAGAGGACGAACGUAGAGCGGAUUGCUACUGGCCCAAGCAUACAUACCACAUAUCUGUAUGCUGAGGGGUGAGUGGUUUGGCGUGUGGGGCUCGGACAUCUUCACCUCUUGCAUAUUUCUCGUUCUGUUGCAUUGAUCAUAUGUUGUCUGCCCAGUGACUGUCUUGUCGCAUGUCUAUCUGUCUUGUUGAACGAGCAUUACUUAUUGCCACCAUCGAACCCCUUGCACUGGUACAUUGUCUAGGAUUUACAAUAUUUGUCUAUUAGUCUAUGCGAUGCCCAGCGUACAUGUACAGUUUAGAAUCCAGCUGUUUCAUUUCUGUGUCUUAGU